AGGUUUGCAUAUAUAAAAAUAUAUCUCGAUUCAGUGCCACUGCUAGGCGCUAGGCUGACGGGUGAUGGGAGGACGUAAACUCUCUGUUAAGAUGUCCUUAGGCUGCUAGUGUUCAGAACUUGCUUGCAUAGGACACUUGUAGGGUGACGGCAACCCAACCAUGUCUGGUAACGUCGAUCAAAUUUUCCAAUGGCUUGCCACCAACCUCAGCCUACACCUCCCCGAGUGGUUGGAGCAGAGCCUGGCUAGCCUGGACUACAACCUCUUGUCCUGGCUGCUGUGGCUGUUCGCCCCCAUAGUCAUGGCCUUCCUGCUGCCUGUGGUCAUCCUGGUGAUGAUCUAUGGGUCCGUGCUCUUCCUGCAUAUCUACAAGGCACGGCACCGUUUGGCCGACGCCUACUACAGCAGCGGCACGUGGGACUGGGCCCGCAUGGUGCUUGCGACGUUCUGGGAGGGGCAGGGCAAUAUAUGGCAUGGCUAUGACAUUGUCGGCCUGGAGAAUAUACCCCAGGAGGGGGCAGCAGUCCUAAUAUACUACCAUGGAACUAUUCCCCUUGACUUCUACUACAUCAUGGCCAAGGUUCUGCUCUUCAAGAGCCGCCUCAUGCAGCUCGUUGGUGACAGGUUCUUAUUUGGGAUUCCAGGGUUUAGAAUUCUCCUGAAGGUCUUUCAUGUGACCCGAGGGUCAGUACCGGAGUGCGUGAACCUCUUGAAGGAGGGGCACAUCCUGGCCAUUGCACCCGGGGGCGUUAGAGAGGCACUAUUUGGUGACGAGCACUACGAGCUUGUUUGGGGCCAGCGGUGCGGCUUCGCCAAGUGCGCGCUUGAAGCCAAAGUGCCUAUUAUUCCAGUUUUCACCCAAAACUGUCGAGAGGCCUUUAGGACUCCCUCGUGGGGUCGCAGGUAUCUUCAAACCCUUUAUGAAAAGACGCGUCUUCCUCUUGUACCAAUUUAUGGUGGAUUUCCAGUCAAACUAAGGACAUUCAUUGGGAAGCCAAUACAACAUGACGAGUCACUAACUGCAACUCAACUUGCAGAAAAGACUAGCUCUGCCAUCAGGGAACUAAUCCGCAAGCACCAACGUAUUCCUGGAAAUGUCUUCCAGGCGCUGCUCGACCGUUUCAGGUGAUGUCCAGAACGUGUGCUUUACAAAAAUGAACUGUUAAACCUCUAAAAGAGGUCCCUCCUGCCUCUGCUGGUGCUCAUCAGCUGUGAUCUCGUAGGGGAUUAGAGGGUCGGGGGUUGGAAUCAAACUGCUGGUCAGAUGUUCUGCCCUUGGGCAAGCCACUUUCCUGUUCCACUUGCCUCUCCAGCUCUCCACCCAUUGCAGAGAAUGGAUGACAGCAUUAGCUUUGAAGUGACCGGCAGUGGACUUGCAUACCAUCGGCGUAGGUGGGAGGUCAUGGGGUAGUAUGCGCCAAGAGGUUUGUCCAUUUCAAGACAAAGAACCAAUAAUAAACACUGGCCUGGCCCAAGCCAGUGUGGAGACAGCAGUGGGUGGGCUUUGGAUAGACUGGACUUUCUGUGGGUUGGUUGAGGCUACUGUAAGCUAGUGAUGCAUUCAUUGGUAGGACACUUGUUUGAGGGGCAACAAGGUGCAAUGAUGAAAUAGGCUAAAACAUCUCAGGUUUGAAGACCUUGGGGGCGUUCUAUUUUGGUGCACUUUUUCCUGUUUUUAUUAAAAGGAGAUAUUCACAGUUUCAGCAUAAUACAGGAUUUGUAUUAAAUAUUUGGGAUUUUUGGGUGCCUUUUUUAUUUAAAGUUCUUUCCACGCACAUUUUCCAUUUGCAGCAAUGGACAAUAGGCUCAAUGUCAGGUGGUAGCUGGCAUUAGGUUGGGUUAAGGUUAUAAUUUGUUUUAUAUCAAACCGGUAUUUUAACAUAUUUUCUGUUAUUUAUUCAAGAAUAUAUAUUUGGCUCAGAUGUUACAAUUAGUAAUAAACACAGGAGUGUAGCAUUGAAUUGUUCUCAUCUGCAGUGGAAGUGGAAUUCCAUUUUAAAAGCGACAGUGUUUUACAUGGUGGUGUUCGAGUCGAGGCUCGGCCCAGGCUUUAAGUGCAUUUGGUUUCCAGUCCAUACUCGUAGGUUUUCUCCGGGUACUCCGGUUUCCUCAUGCCUCUAUAACUAGACAUUCUUCCUAACUCCGUAACGUGAUGCUGAUAUAUAAAGGUUAUGAAUAAACGUAUAGUUAUUGGCGCAACUAGCCUGAGUGGCUGGAAGCGCCAUUAAAACGAAAACAAC